CAACCUAUGCGGACUUUCGUGCAUAAAUUAAUUUUGCACGGUUUAAUUCUAAUUGGCCUGUUUUAAUCUCUCCACUUGUUACCCCACCGCGUGCAUAAAUAUACUUGAAUUAAUAAUUCAUAAGGACACGGCUCGUUGGAUUUCGCGUGGGGCAAUGAAGAGAGUUUUCAAAUUUUAGGAAAAUGACCGACUCUGAGGACGCGAUCUGGGACGAAUUAAGUGGAAUUCCCGCCGACCCGCCUGUCAUGAGGGACAAGUGUGGCGCCUGCAAACGACCGCAUUCGGUGUGCUGGUGCCCCUUCCUGCCACAGACUACCAUCACAACCAGGAGCCGAGUGGUCAUCUUGCAGCAUCCUGCAGAGGAAAAACGAUGCCUGAGAACCGUGCCUAUGCUCGAACUCGCCCUCUCUCCGGGCCAGUGCAACGUUUACAAGGGAAAAAAGUUUCCCUCAGCAAAGCACACUGGUCUUGAAGAGCUGCUGAGAACGCCCAACACCCUUGUUUUGUACCCGUCAAAAGAGUCUAUCCCAAUAGAGAACAUUCCCAAAGUGGAAGAGGACAGCGAACCGUACAAUCUGGUCGUCAUUGACGGCACUUGGGCCCAAGCCAAGUCCAUGUACCACAACAGCCCUCUUCUCCACAAAUGCAUUCAAGUUAAGUUGCCGAUGAAGGGAGAAAGCGAGUACAUCAUUCGAACGCAGCCAAACGAAGGUUGUCUUUCAACGGUGGAGGCGGUAGCAGAGGCAUUGGGCAUCCUUGAAGGGAGGCACCGACUUAAACACGAGCUACUGCAACCGCUGCAGGCCUUGUGCCGCUUCCAGAUAUGGCACGGUGCUGUACCACACCAAAGCAAGAAGACGCUGCUUGACAUAGGCGAGUACAGGAAGCCUGUGGGCAAGAGGACGCGCAAGAAGUUGUACAGCCUCGUCGACAUUCCCUCUGUGCAGGACUGCAAAGGCAAGGAGCCAAGCUGACGCGAACUCUUGCUUUACUUUUACCCAUUAUUCAUUUUUGUUGUAUUUUUCUUAUUUUUUAUGAUGUAAAAUAUUAAAUUGAGACUCAUUUAUCCUUA